UAUAAACUAAAGCAACAGUAUAGUUAUUAAUACAAGAAUAACCGAAGCCUAACGAUAAAAAAAAUUGCUUAAAAAUGGUGAAAAACUAUCGUUCAAUGUUGUUGUUGGUCUGCCUUUCAUUUUUGGUGAUUGUUUCGUCUCCGCAAAAUGGUGUCCAAGCGGAUGUUCUUAUCGGUAGCUGUGUAUGGGGCGGUAAUAACUACGUCUCUGAUUGCAACGGUGAGUGUAAAAGACGUGGUCACAGAGGAGGACAUUGUGGAAGCUUUUGGAAUGUUAAUUGUUGGUGUGAAUGAUAAGAUUUUUUUCACCGAACAACAUAAGAUGGCGGAAUAUUUCUUCCAUAUAUUGAAUAUAAUCUAAAUUGGAUAGAUUUUUGGAAGUAUUGAAAUUGUUAAUAUUUUUAAUAAAAAAUUAAUUAUUU